AGCGCUGGACUGCUGAAAACGUCAAUGCCGUUACGAAUAGGACAUAAGCCAGCCCACCGGCCACAAGCGUCCAGUAGGCCUUUUUGAAGAUGGGCUGUAAUUCGACCAUCGUUGAUUACAGUGUCAACAUCAAGCGCGGAGGCGGAGAAGGGCGGAGGCGGAGUCGCUGCGACGAUAAGCUGCCACUUAUCGCGUCACGCUUUUUCCCCUUCCCACCUCAUCUCGACCUCCUUCUCAAACGCGACAGGCUAUCAGUCUCGCCCGGUAUUCGGUGAAUCUUACGCGUAUACACACCAGUCCGUGAUGGCUGAGAAGCGCAAGCUCCCGGCACGUGCCGGUCGUGAGCCUGCGGCCAAGCGACGAGUCUCAGAAGCGGCCACUCCUUCUCAAAAGAAAAAGGCACCAACUCCUCGUGUACCAUCGCCACCACCACCGCCGCCUGAACCCGUCGAGACACCAUUGCCGAUCACGAUCAAAGAUGGCGAGCCUAUUCCAGUCUUGCGCGAGCGACAGCCUGCUACCCUAUCGGAUAAGGAGUAUCAGUCAUAUGCAGAAAGUGCAGUACUGCUUGCGGCCCUCGAGCGAUCUAAGAAGAAAUGGUUGAGCGAUGGCAUCUUGGUUCGAUACUACACGAAGCCGAAGAAGACGAAGCGUGAACAGAUCGAGAAGAACAACCCGCCCAAAGAUUCGAUGACGAGGGUUGGUGCUUGCGACGUUACCGUUGGACCUCAUCUUUUCGAUGCGAUGAUUUACACUGUGAAAGACCCCAACGCACCGCCGGCGAUCCAAUAUGCUCCCCCACCGAAACAGAUGGUCCACUACGGUCAUCCGAACAACUUCCAGCAAUACCAGCCAUAUCCAGGCAAUCAAAAGAGACCUCCCUAUCCUGCCGCACCUCCAGGACGACCACCACAUGGAUACCCAGGUACUCCUGCACCAGCGACACAACACCGUGGACCGAACCAGGCGCAACCCCAAUCGGGACAGAGGCCUCCACAAAGUGGUCCAGCUGGACAGCCCGCAAAGCCCAGCCCGGAUCCAGUCAUUCAAAUGCUGGCGACCAGAGCUGCCGCGGAUCCGGAAUUGAAAGCUUUGAUGAGAGUAGUCGCGUCCAGUCAAGCAUCACAGGAGCAGCUGCGUGCUUUCCAGGCCCAUAUCGAUGAAUUGAAUGCGAUCAUCAAGGCAAGAGAGCAACAAGAACGUCAGCGAAACGCAGCUGCAGCUGCAGCUGCAGCAUCUACAAAACCGCCGCCAGCGCCACAGCCAGCAACACCCGCCCCUCAAGGAAGACCAGCCUCUCCUCAGGUCGUCAUUCACCAAAAGGCCAACCCGGUUACGAAUACCCCGCCGCAAUCCCAGGGAACUACGCCCCAGGCACCCCCGACUCAAACAUCAUCUAAAGAACCCCUGCAACCGGCAUCAGAAACAAAGGUGCCAUCAGCAGCAGCAUCAACGAAGCCUCCAGUUGACGGGUCGCCUCAGCCUCAGCCUCAGCCUCAAUCUCAGACCCCAGCACCUGCCCCAGCAGCUCCAACACAAGCACCCAGCUCAAGCCAGAGCUCUACCGCCACACCAACAGUGAAGCAAGAACCAGUGACAGCAGGUCCCACUAUCACGCAACCUACCCCAUCGAGCUCAGCACAGCCGGCAGUCUCAGCUUCAUCUGCGACUCCUGGUCCUCCUAGCACCCCGGCUCCCAACACAACAUCUCAGUUGCAGAGUCCUGCCGUGCAAACCCCUCAAAGUGCCAACAAUACUCAACAACAGGUGCCACGACCGGGUCCCCCGUAUCCUCCAUACCAGCAGCAAGCGCCGUACGGAACACAGCCUCCUGCCCAGUCACGUCCAUCCCAAUACGGCUCUCCCACGCCCUAUUAUCGCCCUCAAGCGCCACCGGCGAGACCUACGCCUACGCCAUUGAAUUAUAAAUCUGUCGUCUUUGAAUUCACAUCUCCAUUGACACCAUACGGAAGUAGUACAUCUGGCCAUGCUGGUUCGGGCGAUCGCUACUUGUUCCCCGAGCACUCGAUCCUUGAAUGGCUUCCAAAUGAGAAUACCGUCCUAGCCUCUUUCCUCAUUGUGAAAAAGGUCGAUCCAAACACGCCAUUCCCAAUCGAGACUGCCCCCGAUGCUGGUACUGGACGUGCAAAGGGCAAAGGUUCCUCGAAAUCAAAGAAGGGGGCUAAGGCAGAGAAAGCUGCAGAUACACCGACACCUGCCGAUGUCCCUUCUAAGCAAGAACCUUCUGAUAAUAAGCCGGAUGCCAAACCGAGUCAACCAGAUGCGCCUGGCACGCCCGCUGGUAAGCCAGCCAGCGAGGCAAAUCUCAAAGAAUACUGGCAGCCAGUCACCUUCCGCAUUCAUGCGGCGAAUCCUCGGAUCCUGGAACCUCUGACUCGUGUCGUUAAGCCCGCCGAGGAAGUGCGAAAGUAUAUGAACGAGAUCAUGGAUCGGGCCGAACGUGCUCCGGAUGGCUUCCCUGCUUUCCGUCUUCCUUAUGAAGAUUCUCGCGAGAUCUUCGAGGCGGAAAGUACACCUGCUUCCACGGUGGCGACUGGUACUUCUUCGCGUAGUCGUCCGUCUAAGACGGUUGUGAAACCGGUCGAGGAAGAGUCCGAGGUUGAGACCAACGUUGUCGAACUUGAGGAGGAAGAGGACUUGAUGGAUUUCUAUGGUGCACCGAUGGGUAUGCCGCCCUUGCGAGUGUAAGAUUACUUUUCCAUGGGCUGGCCGUUCCAUACGAUAUGAUUAGGUUCUCUUUAACCUACAUCUUCAUGUAUUGUAUCACUAUUCAUUUUUUUCAGUCCUCAUGCUUUCCGUAUAAAAAUGACCGGAUUCCUGGGGUACCAACAGUAACACGAGCUCCCCGUAAUAGCUUACGGAUUCUCUAGGACGAAAAAUAAGUCAAGUAAUCAUCAAAUUAAGCUAUCAUUUCAAUGACUCAAGUGGCCACCCAAAACACCAACCCCUUCAACUUUCCACAUGAAAAAGACCACAAUAACCCGACAGCUCAAGUACUACCGCCCGAAUACUGUCCAUGAUCCCCAAUUAUCCCCGCCGUCUCCAACAACCACCUAGCACUCUCCUUUGCCGAAUCCCCAGCUCCGCUCUUAAGAUUGAUAUUACGCCUUCUCUCAGCCUCACGAGCCUCGAAUUCCCACUUCGCCCGCUGAACUUCAACGGCAUUCGCAUUUGCCUCCGAAGAAGCCGCUAGUUCAGGAUCCGGAACAAUGCCCCAAAUCUCUAGAGAAUACAGAUCGAGGCGGGUCUUGACAGAAGCAUCCUCCAUGGACGAGGUUCCCGGUGGAAGGAAGACGCCGUCAUGACCGACUGGUUCGACGCGGAAUUCGGCGGUUUCCAGAUUCACGUCGAUGGUCAGACUUCCGGCUCCGUAGGGAAUCGGAGGGGUGUGGUGGCUUCGCGAAGCUGGUGGGAUCUGACAGCCUAUUGCGAUGCCUGUGUGUGUUGAGAACCAGGCUGCUGGUAGAUUUGCUUGUUUCUGGACGGAUGGAGAUGGGUUUCCGGGGAGGACUUGGUGUUUGGGGGAGAGUUGAAAGAGGCAAGGGAGAAGGUCGGAGGAGGAGGAUGAGCCAUGUGUUGAUGAGGAUUUCCAAGAUUGGGGAAGGUAAACGCCAAUCGUGACUGUUUCUUCGCUGUUUCCGUCCGGUGCGCCUUGUAAAAUGAGGAGAUUGGCUGAUUGCCAGGUGAGAACGUUGUGGGAGAAGGACGUCAACGAGGACCCGUGAGCGGCUGUGGAGAAGAUGGGAUGAAGACGAACGCCGCUUUUGAAGAGGUUCGUGGAUUGCACCUUUGAUGGGAGGAAGAAUGACAGGUGGGAAAGGAUUGUCUGGUUGAGGAUUGAAGAUUCGAAGCUCCCUGGGAGGAGUAUCGGCUUUGCCAUCGAUGCUUCUUCGGACUUUUCAUGCGUCUCCUCCUCAGAUGCAGCUUCGCUCGGUCGUCUUUGAGAAAGAUUCAAGUUCUUGCUGAAGAGCAUGUGCUCGAACAACGCUGUCAGAGGAUCGAAUAGAUAUGGUAAGGAUGUUGAGAUUGUACGCGCAAAUGCUCUGUACGUGAUUCCACCAUCGCUUUCCUCCGGCCGGAAUACGGCAAUGAUACUGUCGGCCUCUUUCCGGAUUGCGUCAAUACGCUCCAAAUCAAGGUCAGAUGUGUACAUUUUGACGGGUUCAAGGGGCUUCAAAGGCGCAAUGACGAGUAACAGCAUGAGCAGUCGGCGGAAAGUAUCGACUGAAAUGCGCGUUUCAUAGACUGUCCGGUCGACACGGUGGUCAUGUUUGAACACUUCGAUCGCAUCCAGAGACUCCAAAGCCGCAAGAGCAAGAUCAUCGUCUUCGUCCUCAUCAUACUCGUCAUUGGCAGGCUCGUCCACAGAGAAUCCAGGCGCAUAGGAUUUGGCAGGACAGAGCUCAGGAUUUUCCUCUGAUUCAGAUUCUUUGUUUUCGGAAUCUUGAUUGGAAGGCUGGCCAAUAUCCUUCCUCCCGACAUCAGCGAGGCUACCAAAAAGCAACUUGAUACGAUCUUUCCGCCCUCGUCGGAGGACUUUGCCAUAGCGCUCAGUCAAGAGCACCACCACUUUGACCAUGGCCUCGAAUGUCAAAACGCUUGGUGCCAAGGUAUUUUGAAAUGGGAAUGCACCAAGGUAUGAGACCAUGCGGAAAAGGACAGGUCCUGCAUCGAGAGGAGCCUCAUCUGCGCCGGAGAAGCUGCCAUCCGGAAUACCAAGGAAGUCCGAGAGUGUCUUCUCGUUCCAGUAGCGCAAACCUCCUUGCUCUGCAGCUCGAGAGAAGAAGUUGUCUUUGAAGUGUGUAAGUUCCAAUGGCGAGAAGCAUUUCGUUGCGAAGCGCUCCGCCAGCAUGUAGCUGAGCUCCUCUAUCCGGAAGUCAGCUCGGAGUCGUGCAUUAAGUGUCGGUCGUAGAGCUUCAACGAAGCCCUGACAUGUAAAGUCCCGAGUUUCAUGUUGGACAAAUGAAAAUCACUGGUAAAGAACUGACCUGGAGACGCUCCACUAUAAUCAGUCGACUGGCCCGCACCCAUUGUUGCUGCAAAUGCGGGAGCGACCCCGCUGCUUCAAUUCUGGUACAAGCUUCCCGAGUGGCUGUCAAGAAACAGCAACCAGAUACUCGCUUACAGGUUGAGCUCGGAACGAUGGCCCGGAAAAAUUCUGAUAUCAAGAUUGGAUGGGUACGAAAGAAAGAUGGAACAUGAAGGCGAC